AUGAAGCUCCAUCGAAAAAUCCUCAAUUAUUACUUGUCCUGCAGUUCGCCGGUGGAUAAAGAGGGCUACCUGUGCAAGAAGGGAGAGCUCAACACCUCUUAUCAGAAGCGCUGGUUCGUUCUUAAAGGUAAUCUCCUGUUCUAUCAAGAUCGGCCUGGUGACAAAGAAGCCAUAGGAGUCAUUGUUCUAGAGGACUGCUCUGUGCAGCUGUGUGAGUCCGACGAGCAGUUUGCCUUCUCAGUGGUGUUCAGUGAACCAGGCCAACGCACCUACAAGUUUGCUGCAGAGGAUCAAUCUAGUCAGGAGGGUUGGAUCAAAGCUCUUUCCUUUGCACACCACAGUUGCCUCGCUCUCCUUCUGAAAGACCUACAGGAGCAGUACGUAGACGCAUCCAAAGCUGCAGGCACUGAUCCAGUUAGCCCCUCUGAAGUGGCAGAGAAAAUGGCUCAAUCUCAGAGGUCUACUUUUAGUACAGGAUCAGUCUUCUACACACAGAACUCUGGACCAGGUGUGAAAGAGACAGGUGGCCCUACCAGCAACCAGCUGCUUCAAGUUCCUCCUGCUUCUGGCAAAACUGCCAAUAAGAAAUCCCCUAAGCUCUGGUCCAAACGGAGCACACACUCUGCACCCAUCAAUGGCCCUUCUCCACCCAUGGGGGAGUGGUUAGAACCCAUGGAAGAAUUUGACCAACUGCAUGAGCAUUUUGGAAAGGAAGUGAAAGAACUGAUAGCUGAUUGGCUUAAGAGACAUCAGGAAGAGAAGGUUGUGCCAGAAGAUAAUUUGAUUGAUUUUGGGUGAUAACUAUAUGGAAUUU